AUAGAUGUUGUUAGUUUGGGACAUUUUGGUGACAGCUGUUUUUCAAGCCUCUUUCAGGGUGCAUCAUGCAGAACUUUCUUUGGAAAUUCAUCAUCUUUCCUGUUCUUAUCUACUCCUGCUGUUUCUGUGAUUAUGUGAACACAGAGGACAAUCCAAACAUACCAGCAAUCGCCAAAUAUUUCAACACAAAAGGGAGAUACGAAGAAGUAAAUCCACAUCUUAGAGAGGACAUACUGGCUGUAAACAGAUCAGUUUUACAGCCUCCGUCUGCACAAUGUCAAGAAAUCCAUGUGACUGCGAUAAUAAGACACGGGACAAGGUACCCUACGACCAGAAACGUCAAGGACAUGCAGCAGCUUCACAACAUCGUCCUGCAAAAUGCAUCAGGUAAAGAGAGCUGGCUGCAUGAGAUCCAGAACCAGUGGACGAUGUGGUACACUGAAGACAUGGACGGCAGACUCGUCCAGAAAGGAGUGAACGAUCACAAGCAUCUGGCAGUCAGGCUGUCAAAGCUGUUUCCAUCAUUGAUCACAGAGGAGAAGCUCAGAGGUGGUCUGAUCAAAUUCAUAACCAGCUCAAAGCACAGGUGUGUCAACAGCACACUGUCCUUUAAGGCAGGACUGACAGAGCUUUGGGCCAUUACAGAUAAGGAGUUUGACCAUGCAGUGAAUGAUGCCCUCAUGAGGUUUUUUGACCAGUGCACCAGGUUUGUGGAGGAAGUUGAUAAAAACCCUUCAGCUGUGGCCGAGGUGGAAAGGUUUAAGCAGGGACCAGAGAUGAGGAGGGUCCAGGAGAAGAUCGCAGACCGUCUCAGAAUAGCCUAUAGUCUAAUCACACAUGAUUUGGUUGAGGCUGCAUUUUACUUGUGUGCUUAUGAAUUUGCUAUCAAGGCAAUAAACUCCCCCUGGUGUCAGCUGUUCGAUGACGAAGAUGCAAAGGUGAUGGAGUAUGCAAGUGACCUGAGGGAAUUCUGGAAAAGAGGCUACGGCCAUGACAUUAACAGCAAGUCAAGUUGCAUCCUCUUCCAUGAUGUGUUCAGUCGACUUGACAAAGCAGCAAGCGAGAACAAGUCAGGCCAGCAGGUGACAGAAGCUGUGACAGUCCGUGGCCAUGCAGACACCCUCCUGCCCCUCCUCACCCUCCUGGGCUUCUUUAAAGACAACGAGACCCUGACUUCCUUAAAUUACGCCACACAGACCCAACGCUCCUUCCGCACCAGCCACAUGUUACCAUACGCCGCUAACUUACUCCUGGUGCUGUACGACUGCGGUGACGGUGACUUGAGACUGCAGCCUCUGCUCAACGAGAAGCCUGUCACUUUCCCUGGUUUGACUGAGGCCUCCAUACCGCUCUAUCAGCAAGUCAAAGAGCGCUACAGGGAACUGCUGCAAGGCUGUGACUUUGAGACUGAGUGCCAACUGCUUAAGAGUCCUGCUAAAGUUUAGACAGACAAGCUGGAGAUGAUAAGUUAGAGUUCCUUUUGGUGCCACACAGUUAAUGUGCUCCUGUGAUCCUAAUAUUAAAACAUAAUUGGUUGAACAGGAUUUUUCUUUAUGUUCUGUUCAUCCCUUUGAUGCCAAUGAACUGUACUCUCAUUUAAGUAUAGCACUUUACACGCCUUUAAGACUUUUACUUGCUAUUGAAUCUUUUAUAUUGAGGUAAAUGAUCUUAGUACUUCUUCCAAAAAUGCAAUCACAGUAGUGCUAUGAAUCCCCAAAUGCACUCGACCUCUAAAAUAGAUUCUGUUGUCACUGAAACGGAACCUUACCCAUGAGUUGGAUCACUCUACAAUAUAAUAUAAGACAGUUACUUUUUCAGUCAAAUACACCAAAGGUAGAAUAUAAAGAGAAAUAAAGUCAUAUUUAGCACAAAAAAGACCAACUUUAAACUUAAAAUAAGUAAAGUUUUCAUAAGAGUAGAAUAAGUGGAAAUCCUUGUUACAAGUCAUAUGAAGAUAAGCACAAGCACCAUCAUGAUAUGAAGUGGUCAAUGUCCAGUUAUGUAACCAAAGUGCAACUAUCAUGACAUGAUUAUUUUGCUGCUGAGAGAGUCCAUGUUUGUUGGUUUGUUAUCGAAAGCUAAAAAUGCCUCUAUUAGAAUAUAAUUUCACACAAUUGCUUAAAAGUAUGUUUUUUGCUGUCUUGUGAAAAUACGUCUCAUCUCCUACUUGCUUUGGAGCAAAUAUUGAUAAACUGCUGUGUUGUAUCACAUCCUAAAUAUUAAAUGUAAAAAAGAC